UUAAAGAAAAGUGUGUCAAAGCGAAACAGUGGAGGAGAUUCGUGUUGAUGCCAGUGAUCGUCUGCAGUAUUUCGUUUUGACUCUUGUCUAUUUUAAGUUGCCUGGUUUCGCUUAAAUGGCUUAAAACAAUCCUUGCUAUUUAUAAAACCGAAGACUUUUAUCCCUUCUUUACAGUUGAACAUUACAGGGACAACAAUUCGCGUUAGAAAUGCAGUUUCUUGGAAAUUUCCUUGGUCUUCUUGUGCUAACUUUAUGCGAUUUAUCACUGUGUUUUCCUGUUCCAGUAGACACCAUCAUCGUGCAGGUCCAGCAGUGGGGAGUGGGGGGGGCUCAGCAAGUCGCAGAGCAAGUCCUUCUCAAUGGAGUCUCUUUAAAACGCAAAAGCCAGCAAGUUGAUAGCAUUAUUCAAAGCAUAUCAGUUGAUGCACUCCUUCCAACUCUUAUCAAUGUGAACCAGACUUCUAUCCUGAGUAACCACACUGUUCUUCGUUCUCGUGAAUGCAUACUGGAGGGGUCUCUGCUGCUCUGGGCUGACCGUGUCUUCUAUGAUGGAAAGGUGUAUCUGACCCUGGACCACACUGACACUUGGACAGCACACAUACCGGAAGCACUGGCCUUCAAAGUGCUGUGGGAGCAGGAAGAGCAGCACACAAAAAUGGAGAAGACCGGCCUGCGGGAGGAAUGCGUCAGGUUGAUGAAAGAACUGAUACUUUCUCAGGAGCAGUCUGUUCCAGGGAUACCUUUGCCCCAGUUCCUCAUUCCAAUCUUGGCGAUCCUGGUGUUUACUGGGCUAAUCAUGAUCACUAUCCUCCUCUCUAAAAAACAGGGUCUGAGGCACCCUGGAGGCGUUGUUGGCUCGAUUAUACAUUACCCAAAAAACAUCAGUGAGACCGUUCCAGACAUAAAAGGCAAUGGCUACCGUACGUUGUAGUUCAAAGCUCCAGCUGAUGAACAGAACCAUGUUUGAGCUUUCACUUCAUCUCUACUGUCGACUGUCCACCUGCUGAUUGACCAUUUUACAGUGUUGCUUCAUUAAUGUAAAGAAAAUGUUCCAACAGUAACAGCUGGCCCAAUGUAUGAAACAUUGUGUUCUUGAUUCCAGAUUAUUUAAUGCACUUUAAUGUAUGUAUCACACUAGUGCAUUUAUUGCAUAUGCUUUUAAUAUAUAUUCAUAUUAGUACAUAUUCUUAUAAACAUACACAGCCAAAGAAAUGAAAACAUAAUCACUGCCUGAAGUGAUGUACAAGCUUCUUUUUGCUAAAUGAAUAACCAUAUGGGCAGAUUUUUUAAUCAGUUCUGGAUUGAGUAUGAAAUAAAUGUAUUUGAAAACGUACUGUAUACAAGGGACAUGUUUUACUAAAAGCACGAACAGUAUCUAAAUAAGUUAAUACACAGAAUGUCACAACUUGUCAUAUAUAUAUAUAAUCUGUAGAUACAGUCCUGCUGAAACCAAGUGUUUUGUUCUGUCACAAUCACACUGACCUCUGCCAAACACUGGAGGGACAACUGUUGACGUGUCCUGUUAUCCAAUGACUGUUCUAUGUUGCAUACUUAUGAUUUUUAUGGUUUUUGUGAUGCAUUUCUGUGACUGUCUAUAUGUUGUCCAACUAUUUGUUUGUGUGAAAUUUGAGAACAUGUUCUAUUAAAGUAACUUUUAUGGAA